AUGGCUGGAGCUGGAGGGAAAGUCGUGCCAAACAAGCCCACGCCAAUUUUUCGGUUCACCGAGUUCGAAGGCAGGGCCGGCGCGCACGUCAAGACAGGCUAUCAAGUCUCUGUGCGAGAUGCGAGCAGGAUUAACCUUGAUGCUCCAGUCAACGUGAUUCAAACUUACACAGCUCUGCAGUCGAGUGCAGGUUCAAACCUUGGUCUUAACUUGUCUGUUACUGGCAACAUUCUCUCUCUAGCCUUUGUAGGAAAUGCCAUGUUCAGCAGCAACGCAGCAGCUGGCAGAAUCUUCUAUCAGCCGACGAACAGCAUACAAACGUACAGCGUUUCGGCAGACGCCACCCCUACGACUGCUGCAUCCUCGGACAUGGUCUGUUACUCUCUCGCCAACACGCUCAAGUGCUACAUCCUUGGAUACACCGUGACAGGGAUGAGCUGGAACGAUGUUGCGUUGUACAGCCCCUGCUCCAAGGUUCAGUGCACAGCAGGGAAUCCCAUGUCCCUGUGGAGGUCAGUGAUAGCAUACAGCGGUACCACGCCGACGGGACGGCGCUAUGUCCAGGUAUCAGCAGCUAAGAGCUCCCAAGGGUCGUACUCCAUCUCUUGUCUCGGAGGUUGUGGAUAUUCCACAGACGUCAUGACAAGCUCGGACCCUACCUUCGGGACGUCUGUCGCCCUCUCUGAGAACUUUCUUGCUAUCGGUUGCCCCGGGAACAACUACGUGCGAGUGCUGAAAGCGAGUGGAACUCUUGUUCCUACAGAUCCUUACAGCUCGUUCACGCUCUGGACCUUGUUCAACACUUUUGUUGGCAGUGCAAAUCAAAACUUUGGUCAACAGUUGUCAAUCAGCAGCACUUUCCUCAUUGUGGGAGCUCCCGGGACCUUCUUCUCAAAAGGUGCUAUUACAGUGUACAGAGUGGAUGGAUCGACAAACGUUUCGAAAUUCUGCGAGAUAACAGACUCACACGUCGGCAGUCUUUUCGGGUUCUCAAUCGCACAAACUUCUUCGAGCAAUGGCCUGACAUUUGCUGUCAUCGGCGCGCCAGGGUCGAAUCUCGCACAUGUGGUUGCUCUCAGGCAAUUUCCCUACACGUGCGAAGUAAGGAAUACUUUGUCUCCUGACAGCUCUGACUUCCUGGUGAAUGAUCAAUUCGGCUAUUCAGUUGCCAUCAACAGUCAGUCGAUUUAUGUUGGAUCGCCAUACUACGCACGGUAUUUCAACCCAGGCAUCUCAGGACUCCUUUACAUCUUCUCGUAUUGCAAUCCAGGGAGCGCUAUCCCUCCUUUCUAUCGCGAUUGCUCUGCCUGCCCUGUCGGCCAGACAUCCAACGGCGGAGCCUCGUCCUGCAUCACAUGUACACUUCCCCUCCCUCAGCAUGCGACCUACGGUGCUGGCUGCACCACCAUCUGCGAUCCUGGAUACUUUGGAUCCAGUUGCUUGCCUUGUUCGCAGUACGCUCCUGCCCAAGGCAUGACCAACCCCCUGAAGUCCUCGUGGGUUGACAAUCAGCCUACGUGCACUUGGCAAUGCAACGCAGGUUAUCAGCGAGUCAAUGACGACGGUUGCGCGCAGUGCCAGAACGAUAUUCAAUUCAACCAGUUGUCAAACGUGGAGUGGAUACCCGGAACCUGCUCAUGGCGGUGCAAGGCCACCUACUUCAGUGUCAAUCAGACUCAAAACUUCCUUGACUGCAAAUUGUGUUCGCAGUACAAGGCUGCUCUAGGUCAGCCACCCCCUGCCAAUGCGGAAUGGCUGGACCGCUUCAACGAAUGCAAGUAUGUUCCGCUCCCUGGAUACUCAUGUCAGUCAGGAACAUGCACAGCAUGUUCGAAUUCGAAGCCGCAGCAUUCUCACUGGCUCACUGUGAAUGAUCGCUACUCCUCGCCGAGCCAGUCAGUCACGAUCACUUCUCUUUGUGAAUACGCUUGCGACCAAACCUUCUUUAUCGCUCCGACUUCGCCGCCCACCUGCGUACCAUGUGACGUCUACAUGAGCAAUUUCAGCGAUGCGACUUUGCCCGCCCAUGGCCUCUGGCAGGCUUCUACUGCCGUGUGCACCAGUGACUCGUGGAUGUGCACGGCAGGUUACAGCCGCAGCAACACAAGCCGCUACUGCUGUCCGAACGCCGUCAACCAUUCCGUAGUGAACCAGAGCUAUUCUCCCUGCGGCGUCUCUUGCGAGUAUGGGUAUCGAUGGAGCAACGAGCUGGCUUCAUGUCUCCAGUGCAAUACCAACAUGACGGAGGGAACAUUCAGAUGGUUGUUGGAUUGCGACUUCGAAUGCUUCUGCAAUGAUACUGUUUGCUAUCAUGGCAAAGAGACUCUCGGUGCAUGUUACACCUGCCAGGAGUAUUCACAAAAGGUCGGAUUGGUUCCUCCACUGUACGGGGAGUAUCCGGUGUAUUCCAAUACUUGUCGCGUUGAUGAUUGGCAGUGCAAGAAUGACACUUUCAGCAAGUCGCUGGUGGCUACGCCUCCUGGAUGCUGCCUGAAGUCGACUCCCAACGCCGUAGCGAAUCUUUCCAGCCCAGCCACGUGUAACUUGGAUUGUGAGCCCGGGUACAGGUGGGAUCCUACCAGGAAGCAAUGCUUCUACUGUGGGAUUCCCUUCCCAAGAUCUGCACACAUGCUCUGGUCGUCGUUGACCUGCUCCUGGCUGUGUGAGCUCGGAUAUAUGAAAGUUGACGGAUCUGCAGGUCGAUUUCAAUGUGUCAAUUGUCCGACCCAUGCAGUUUCCAAUUCCUGGCAGCUACCUAGCCUCGCGUAUUGGGUCAACUCAACCACUCUGGAGCAGCAAGGUGCCAUCUGCUCGACCAAUGCCUGGCAGUGUGCCGAUGGCUACCUCAAGAAUGCCCCGGCGAAACUUUGCUGUCAGAACUUGAGUCUGCCCUACUCCACGGGCGUUGGAGGCCUCAGUACAACGAGUUGUGACUGGACCUGCAACGCCGGGUUGUUUCCUCCGCGUCUUGCCGACAUCAACCCUGCGUGCAACCUGUGCGGCUGCACUUGCGAGCAGUAUCUUCAGUCAUAUGGCUUCACCUCCCCCUGUCCCAUCCAGUACAGCUUCAUCGGAGGCUGGUGCGAUGGGAUGCAAAUCACCCCCAGCCCCGCCGCCUGCUCCGUGUCAGUCCAGGCCUCUUUCGUGCUCACUGGAAUCAGCCUCGAGACUUUCUACCUUCCCUCGACUGUUUCGGCGGUUCUCAACGCCCUGGGAGGCUUGUCGGGGAUCUCCUCCGUGCCCAGCCUCACCUACUCCUCCUCCAUCAGCACCCGACGGGCAGCGGCUGACACUGUGUACAUCGGGGUCACCUACCUCAAUGUGAAUCCAGCUGUUGGCCAGCAGUACACCCUGAGGGUAAACACUGACGGAAGUCGAGCUGUCCGCAGCGCCCUCUUCUCCAAGGGUUAUGAUGUGCAGGUUGUGAUGAAGGGAGAUUCGUCGGUGUUUGUCUCAGGCGCCUCAAUCUCCUGCAGAUUGCAUCGGAAAGAUAUAUCUGGUCAGCCAACGGCUGCGAUUGGAGUUGUGCUCCGAAAUACUAUGUAUGGAGGGGAUGAGAUGUCAGGAGUACAAGAGUACAACGUACAAGCCAAGCUUCUCGGUGUGGGACAACAACAGCCCAACGUGUCAAUGGAAAUGUAUGGACGGCUACGUGCUGUCCCCCAGCGGCACAUCGUGUCUCUCUCUUGCCAACGUGACAAGGACGUGCGCGUCGCUCACCCGCUGCGCGAGCUGCACGACCAAUGCAGCGUGCGUUUGGUGCUCAAACCAGCGAACUCUGCAGGGAAUGGCUGCCCCUACGACGGAGUGACGCUCUCUUCGAACUGUACAUGCGACAAGAAGACUUGUCCAUAUGAGUGCCAGUACUCUUCUUGCAGCUCUUGCGUUCAAGACAACUUCUGCGGCUGGUGCUCGUCUGCCAGCAAGUGCAUGCCAGGUGACUACUUCGCUCCGAGCGCCGGCAUGGGAGCUUGUCCACUCGGGUGGAACGUCGGCCCAUAUGCUACAUGCCAGCAGAGCAACAACAUAUGGCUGGUCGGCAUAAUCUGCGCAUCUACGAGCACAGCGCUCAUCGUGAUCUUGUGCAUUCACUUCAUCCUCCGCAUCCGAGCCGCCGCCAACCGGCGGCCCCGCACUAUGAUCUUCCAGUACGGCGAUCAGUCGGGAGGUGUGACGGCGCGGGAGCAAGUUCAACGCUUCCUUGACACCUUCCCUACGUUCAAGUUCGAUGAGAACAAGCUUCCCCCGUCUUUCUCAGCUUCACGAUCAUCCGAGGCAGAAGGUCAGACAGAAGGUCAGACAGACGGCCAGGACGAGGAGGACAACCGACCGACAUGCUCGAUAUGCCUUGGCAACUUCUUCACCGGAGAAGACUGUCGCAUGCUGCCUUGCCUACACGUCUUUCACAAGAACUGCAUCGACCAGUGGCUCUCGAUGAGUCAAGAAUGCCCCUUGUGCAAACGCUCCGUCAUCAGCACAGACGAAGACAACACAACCGCCGCUCGAGCCAACGCCUUUCUUGUUCUCCAGCAGAUGCACUCAAGAGGACCUGAGGGAGAACAGCAGCGACCGACGUCGUCGUCCUCGGCCGCCAUGCGAGCGGAGGAAGGGAACGUGCAGGGAGUGGUGGAGUGCAGGUGA